AUGGCCUCGUCCGCAAACACCCUCUUCCGCGCCGCGCGCCCUCUCUUCCGCCAGGCCACCAUUGCCCAGCCCGCCCGCCAGGCCUUCCGCCAGCAGACCUUCCGACAGAACUUCUACCAGGGCAGCGGCCGUCGAUGGCAGAGCACCGAUGGCGCCCAACAGCAGCAGCAGCAGGGCUGGUUCAAGCGCAUGUAUGAGAGCGAGGUUGGCUUCAAGACUGUGCACUUCUGGGCUCCUGUCAUGAAGUGGGCUCUUGUCCUUGCCGGUAUCUCCGAUUUCGCUCGUCCCGCCGAGAAGCUCUCCUUCACCCAGAACCUCGCUCUGACCUGCACCGGCAUCAUCUGGACUCGUUGGUGCCUCAUUAUCAAGCCCAAGAACUACCUUCUUGCUGCCGUCAACUUCUUCCUCGGACUGGUUGGUGUUGUCCAGGUCAGCCGAAUUCUCAGCUACGAGUCUGAGAAGAAGAAGGGCCUACACGGUGUCGUUGAGGACAUCAAGGCCGAUGCCAAGGAGACCAUCCAGGAGGUUAAGCCUUAA